AUGCAGCCCAGCAAAAGUGUAAAGGCGGAGCCUUUAGUGGUCCCAAAAUCGAAACAAAGAGUCCAGCAAACGUCUAAAGCAUUGCACGUACUUUAUUUCUUUCAACUAAAAUUAAUUAAAAUGAACUUCACUACACAGAUUGAGGUCCAAAGAUAUUGUACACUUAUUUUUACCGUUAUCUACUGUUUGGAUGGCAAUACACUAAUUAUGUGUAAUGUAUUGAUGGGUUAUACAACUCUUCGUUUUGAUUUCGAAGGGGCUACUGAAGACUCCGCCUUUGUACUUUGUGUUUUUCACUUAUCUGGAGUUAUCAUCAACGAAAGGUGGGUUGUUUUGGAUAUGAGUAGUAAACUCACCUUUGAGAGGUAUCACGCUGGCAAAUUUUCCUGCUGUCCCGUCACCAAUCCCGAUGACCCAAUUGAAGAUCCAUUUAGUCUGCCUUGCACCACCAAAGUAGAAAAUUCAAGCUCACUUCCACUACAAAGAAAGCCAAAAAUUUAUGCUCCUCCAGUCAAACCACCUUCCAGUUUCGUUUCCCUAAAUAAAUACGGCUACGAAGUUAAAUAUCCGGGAUCUCUGUUGAAACUAAACAUCAGUGGAACGGUUUUCAUUGUUAAAAUAAGUACUCUGCAAAAAGAUCAAAUAGUGUUUGAGAAAAUUCUGGAAACUGCUGAGUACAUUCCUGAGACGGAUGAAUACUACCUUGAGAGGGAUCCCGUGGUAUUUCGCUUCGUUCACAACUAUCUUCGCCAUCAAGAAAUGCAUUUACCACUGAACAUCUGUGGACCACUGCUAGAGAAGGAGCUGGAAGCUUGGGGAUUACAGCUGGGUUUCGAUUUGCAGAGAUGCUGCCUAGGUCCCGUGAUGGACACCAAAUCAAAAAUGGAGUCUUUGAGGAAGUUUGAGGAGACCUUUUCGGAAUCCCUCUCAGAUAAGGAGUUUAAUGCGCAAUAUACGUGCCGAGAACAGUUAUUAGAUGUUAUGAUUAAAAAUGGUGAAGAUUUAUCAUAUAGCAUUGAAAUAAGUCAAAAGAGAGAUUACUUUUACAAAUAA